UUGUGAGGAAUGUCCUACUGCCCAUAUAAGGACAUCCUCUUUCCUCCUUGAAUCUUUGUAAGUAUGCCCCUAAGGCGGGUGCAACCACAGCACAUCUUCCCGCUCAAGUUUCCACUAUGUGAAAGUGAAAAAAAAAACUCAUGAGGGUUUAUAACCCCUGCUGCCUGGAUGGGGCAGGCAUGGAGGACUUUUUCUACUGGUUUACUGUAGAGAUAGAAGGAGCUAUGAAGAUAAUGCUGGAGAAUGUGAUGGUCCUGUUUCGUGCUAGUGACUGUGUGGAGCCAUAUGUUAAGUUUAUCACUGUGAAGCAAGCAAAGCAACACAUUAGUUUGUGCAACUUAGAGGACUUUGAGAAAGAGGAGCAGGAAUUUCAGGAGGUGGAAAAUGAACUCCCUGUCCUGAGUGACCAAAGCCUGUUGCUGGAGGACCAUCACCUGAAAACACUUGUUACUCAUCUACCACCAAGAACUCAGGGCUACAGAUGGAAUCUGGUCUACAGCACAGCCAUCCAUGGCAGCAGCCUGAAGACCCUUUACAGAAACAUGGCGGGUCUGGACAGCCCAGUGCUGCUGGUCAUCAAAGACAUGCACAAAAAGGUGUUUGGGGCGUUUUCUUCAGAUCCAUUUAGAAUCAGUAAAUACUGCUACGGCACCGGGGAAACCUUUCUGUUCACCUUCAGCCCGGAUUUCCAGCAGUACAAGUGGAGUGGAGAAAACUCUUAUUUUGUGAGUGGAGACUUGGGAUCGCUGCAGAUUGGUGGAGGAGGUGGUGGCUUUGCCCUGUGGCUGGAUGCUGAUCUGUACCACGGUGCCAGUUUUUCCAGCUCUACCUUUCACAACGCAACACUUUCCACACAUGAAGACUUCAUCGUACAAGAUGCCGAGGUCUGGACCGUGCAGAACUGACUGAAAAAUAGUUACCCAGCGAAAAAGCUGCUAUUUAUGGAGUUAUUCAACUUCAUGAUCUCAGGGAAAAUGUGAGGUCGAGACACUACUUUUGUUUAAAAAAAUGUGUUUGGGAUUCUGAUAAACAGCCUUUUGCAUGACUCCCAAACGAUUUUGUGAACCUUUUCAGAAAAAGGUGCUGUGCAGGUUCCAUCGCAUUGGUUUCAUGUGCUUUUAACUUAUCUAUUUGCUCUUUGCAAAGUAGGUGGAUGUUAAGGAGAUCAUUAUGAUGUACGGUUGACCAAACUAGCUGUUGUAUGUUUUAAGUCCACAGCAACUGGAAGCACAUUUUGAAUAGAAACCUAUUUUUUCAGUUCUCUUAACCUUAAUUCAUUUGUUUAUGUUUAAUUUUUUUGUCUGCAACAUUGCAUUGUGUUUGCGAUGCAGUAUCUACAUUUUGUUGUGUUCUAAUCAGCUUUCAUGAUUACGUUUUAAAGCUGGGUUCUAAAAAUAGCCCAUCUUAGUUGCCAUUCAAAGUUUGGUUCUGAAGUAAAAACCAAACCAGAGCAAAAAGAAAUUAGAGAUGCACUUCAAAUAGUUUGCUGUAUACUCUUUGGUGUGAGUUUUUUUAUUUUUUUCUGGAGAAUUGAACCUCUGCUGUUCUGAUCUAAAUGCUUGUAAUUGCACAAAAUUUUACUGUAUGACAGCUUCUUAUUUUAUAAAGGACUAUUUUUUAGAAAAAGAAUAAAGCAAAGUAUAUGUGAAUGUUUUUGGUUUGAGUAUGACUGUGCAUGAGGGCCUGCUGUGCAGAGUCCUUCAUUUUUGAAACCUCAAUAAAACUUUGCCUUUUCUAUUCAAA